GAACGCCAGCACCGGCCCUCGUCGGCCCCAGUCGGCCAGAAAGGCGGUGGGAAUGCCGGCCAGGGCGCGUGUGAUGCGAAACCCGGCCUGCUCCAGCGCAUCGAUGUGCAGCUGGGCCGAAGCCGUCUCGGCAUAGCGCAGCUCGGCCAGCGACCAGAUGCUGUCGGCCAGGGCCGCCAUGCGCGCGGACUGCUGCUGGAAGAAAUCCUGAAGAUGAUCGACCGCGCUCAUUCCGGCUUCACUCCUGCCUUGUCCAGCAGCGCCUUGUUGCGCUGCAGUUCGCUGGCGAUCUGGGCAGGGAAGCGGCCCUGGUCCAUCUCGGCGCACGGCCUUCGUGGACGCUUCCUGCAACUGCCGGACGAUGGCGGGCGGCGUGCCGGCCGGCACGACCAGGCCGAACCAGCUGAUGCCCAGCUCGUUGAGCUGCGCAUAGCCCAGCUCCUUGAAGGUGGGUACAUCGGGCAGAUCGGGCGAGCGGCUGUCGCCCGACAGUGCCACGGGGAUGAGCUUGCCACCCUUGAUCUGGGGCAUGGCCGAAGGCAGCUGAUCGGUCAUCACCUGCACCAUGCCCGCCAGGGCGUCGUUGAGCGCCGGGCCGUUGCCGCGAUAGGGCACGAUCUGGAUCUGGGUCUUCAUGGUCUCGUUGAAGGACGCCACCAUCAGAUGGCCCAGCGUGCCCAGGCCCGGCACGCCCGCACUGUAGGCGCCGGGCUGGGCGCGCAGCCUGGCCAGGAACCCCGCGAAAUCCUUGACGCCCAUCUUGGGAUGGACCAUGUAGACCGAUGGCAUGGUCACCAGGUUGGCCACGGGCAGGAGCCUGCCUUCCAGCCUGGCGGCGCGCGUAUACAGCGAGGGGUUGAUGGUGGCCGUGCUCACCGUGGCCAUGCCGAUGGUGUAUCCGUCUGGCGCCGCCUGGGCAAUGCUUUCGGUACCGAUCAGGCCACCCGCGCCGGCCUUGUUGUCCACCACCACGGGCUGGCCCAGCGUGCUGCGCAGGCCUUCGGCGAUCACGCGCGCGACGAUGUCGGUGGAGCCGCCGGCCGCAAAGGGCACGAUGAGCUUGACGGGCUUGCUCGGAUAGGCGUCGGCCGCAUGGGCCGUGCGGGCCAGGGUGAGGCCGCACAGCGCGGCGCAAAGGCCCGCGCCCAGGGAAAGCAGGGUGCGGCGCGGCAGGGGCUUGGCUUGCAUGGCAUGGACUCCAUCGACGGGGAGGGAGCCGCAGCCUGGGCCGUGCCGGCUCCCGAUGCAGGCGACUAUAGAAAUCCUGCCGCCCGCGGCCUGCCUGGGGAAAACACCAAGAUUCCCAUGAGCCACGAUUUUGACGACCGCGAAGGCCUGGACGAUGCGGCCACGCCCCAGGGCCGGCUGCUGUUCUCGCGCCUGACCAAGCAUGUGCGCCUGCGCCAGCUGCAGCUGCUGGUGGCGCUGCAGCAAUGCGGCUCGGUGGUGCAGGCCGCCGCCACGCUGCACAUGAGCCAGUCGGCAGCCACCCAGGCGCUGGCCGAGAUGGAGCGCGUGCUCGACAUCCGCCUGUUCGAGCGGCAUGCGCGCGGCAUACGCCCCACGCUGGCCGGCCAGACCCUGGUGGACACGGUGCGCGGCGUGCUGGCCGCGCUGGAGGAGGUGGCGGAAUCGCUGGCCGCCAUUCGCCGGGGCGCCGCGGCCGCGCUGCGCCUGGGCGCCAUUCCGGCGGCGGCCCUGGCCAUUCUUUCGCCCCUGCUGGCGCGGUUCUAUGCCGAACACCCCGAGGUGCAUGUCGAUGUGCACGAAGACGCCAGCACCCGGCUGCUGUCCCA